AUGGCGCCAGGGUUGACUCGGAACAUCGUUAUCUUUGGAGAAACAGGAGCGGGCAAAAGCUCCGUCAUCAACUUGAUGGCGGGCCAGCAGAUUGCGCACAUAUCGCCCGACUCUCACCGCUGCACUCUGCAUUGGACGGAGUACCCAAUAAUCUUCGAAAAUGGGUCUCGAUACAAGGUGUUUGAUACGGUCGGCCUCGAGGAGCCCCGUAUACAAACCCAAGACUACCUUACUGCAAUUUCAAACGCAUAUGGCCUCAUCAACACCUUGAAAGAACGUGGAGGUAUCGACCUCUUGCUCUUCUGUAUACGCGGAGGUAGAGUCACGGGAACCAUGCAGAGCAACUAUAGGUUGUUCUUCGAAUUUCUCUGCGAGGAAAAAGUCCCGCUCGCGCUAGUCAUCACAAACCUCGAAAGAGAGAUAAACAUGGAAGAUUGGUACACGCGGAAUGCGGGCCACUUGGAGAAGCACAACAUCAGGUCCGCGGGACACGCAUGCAUAACCGCGGCAAAUCUUCUCGACGGGAGACAUAGAGAAAAGUAUGAGGAGUCACGUGGAAUACUUUGUAGAGUGGUUGAGGCUCAUUGCAAUGCAUCCAUGGAAGGGUGGACCGGCGGGCAAGGAUGGCUUGGUUCGUUCAUUGGCAAGCUCAUGGAAUUUGUCGUCAAACGUCCCAAAAAGACGGAUGUCAUCGGGAUCCUCACAAAACGAUGUGGAAUGACCAAGGAGGUGGCUCGGGAGGUAGCGCUGCAUAUCAAAGACGAAGUUCAAUCGUAG